GGAGGCACAGUCACAGUCACUCUCGAGAAGAAGAAGAACACUACCAUCGUAUUCUCAUCUCAACAGCAGGCCAUCUUCAACAAACCGAGUAUCCAACGCAAGUGAUCCAGUGCUGGGGUCAUUGUUGAUUGACAUCUGCCAGUGUCAUCUUGGUCGGUCGGUCUGUCUGCAAGCAAUACCGGUCCUGACGCAUCUUUUCCCACAUCCUUGCCCACUUCGACCACUCACUUCCUUGUCCUAUUGUUUUCUCUCCCUCGAUUCCCACACUCGACAUUCUGCAUACGACUGCGUCGCCUCUCCCGACACCAAUAGGCCAACCUUUGGACUUGUUUGUGCUGUGCACACAUCCACCAACUCCUUGUUCAUUUGAGCAGACAGCCGCAUCGCUUCUGUUUCGUCCCUUCCUUUGUCCAAUUCGAGUCCGAGUCGCCGUCGUUUUGCUGCUUGCGAACGUCACCACCAGCGAACGAAAGCGCCAUCCAAAAAUCACACCAUAGCCCAUCGAGGCUCUGCGACUGCAUCAGGUCGGUCGCCUAUCGUCUGACUGCAUAAACCUCCCCUGCGGCCGCUGUUCAGCCCUUCUGCGUCUUCUUCUGCACGGCCAGCGCCGAACGCCUUACGCACCCCAUCAUUGCGCAUCCGCCUAAACGCACGCGUUGUACUUCCCUCCCACACCUUCCCUGCAUUGCAGCUGCACCAGACCAGAUCCGAUCCUCCGCUACAUCUGGCGCACCCAGUCAUCACUAUGGCUGCUUUCCGAGCCUGAUCAAGGCCAUAGCAAUUCUGUACAGGACCGCCAACUGUGUCGAUUCCCACCAGACAAGAAUGAAGUCCUCAAAGUUCCAUAUACAGAGCUGGACUCGUCUCUUUCACCGCCAAUUCCAAUCUUGAUCAGUGCCUCAUAACCUCAAAUUCCCGGGAUAUCAACUUUGCGGAGGUCAUGAUCUCCGCUUCGCCGUCGCCCUCCCUCAGGGCUCUACGAAGUCGGGACACUUCUCCUUCGCCUCGUCCGCGUCCACUGGCUCGGAUGCCUUCCAUUCAGCGCGUCAAUACCGCCUUCACACCCCAGAUGCUGUCGGCUACCCCGGCUUCCGCCAACAGUAUCUCCUCAAUUGCCCCUAGUCCUCAUAUAUCUUCUCUCCAGUCCUCGCCACUGGUCUCUCAAACAUACCACCACCAUCUUGGCAAUCCGGGGCCACUUGAGCUGCCUGAGUCUGUCAUAUCUCCUGCCUAUGCCUCGCCUCCGCAAAGAGACCCGUCUGUGGGCAUCAAGCCCGUCGGCCUCAUGCGCAAGCUAUCCCAGAGUGCCAAAGACGGUGUCUCUUCUACACGGCAGAUACUACGAAGAAAAGCGUCCUCCACGCAGAAUCGUCGAGAUGAAAGCACAGGACCCAUCACCCGGCGCCGCAGUGACAGCAAGACGGCCCUCGUGAAUGGCACUUCGAUCGAGUCUCCGUCAUAUGACACCUUACCCCUGGACCUUCACUCAGGCCUGGGUCUGUUCGAUACCAUGAGUAUCUCCAGCGAGCCAGUCACCCUCCUCGAUACCAGCCCCGAAGGCCAAGCUCCGUGCGUGCCGGAGCGCCUGGUAGGAGGAUGCCUUUUGACCAAGAUCACCAAGAACAAGAAACAAGAAAAGUUGUUCUUCUUGGACGUCGAGGGAUCUCGAGUCUCGUGGAAGGGUGCUGUUACCAUGAAAGUCUUCCACAUAGAUAACAUUAAAAGCAUUCGGAGUGGGGAAGAGGCUGCCAGCUACCAGCAAGCGCUCCGUGGUGAAGCAGUCGAUUCCGAGCUUUGCUUCACCGUCAACUACGCGCCAUCAGACUCUUCAAAGCAGGUCAAGACGCUGCAUCUGGUGGCUCAUUGCCCUGCUGACCUCAAACUGUGGCUUGACACCUUGGAAAGCCUGGCAAAGCACCGUGAGGAGUUGAUGACUGUUCGUUCCUCUGAACGAGAAUCCGUCAUGCGAGCUCAUUGGGAGAGUGAAAUGGCCCGCCGACCAGAAAGCUGCAAGGUCCAUGGUCUUAACUUACCAGCCAUUCAAUCACUCUGCCGUAAGCUGCAUAUUCAUGCUCCCGAGAAGGAGCUCGAAGAGCACUUCAACUCCUCGGACGUCGACAAGUCAAAACGUCUCACAUACGAGCAAUUCAAGGAGUUUCUCAAACGCCUCCGUGAGAGAAGUGACAUCAAGAAGAUCUUCAAUGAUCUGAAAGACGCCAAUUCCCGUGGAAUCACUCGAUUCCAGUUUGUCUCUUUCCUUGAAGAGGUUCAAGGUAUCAAUCUUGCCGACCUGUCUGAACCUGCUCAGUGGGAAGAGAAGAUAAAUGAUAUGGUGGCAACAUCGUUUCCGAACAACCCAGAGCUGCAUGACCUAGAUCUCAUCGAUGUCAACUCGUUUGCUGCGUUCCUGAUGUCCAAAGACUGCCAUGUCUACUCAAGACCUCAAGAAUCAAUACCCAACUUCGAUCGACCCCUGAACGAGUACUUCAUUUCAAGUUCUCACAAUACCUACUUGACAGGCUGGCAAGUCAACGGAACUUCUUCAGCGGAAGCCUACAUCACCGCUCUACGUCAUGGCUGCCGUUGCAUUGAGAUUGACUGCUGGAAUGGUCAAGAUGGCAAUCCGAGGGUUACACACGGCCGGACGCGCACCAGCUCUGUCCUUUUCUCCGAUUGCAUCAACGCCAUUCAAAGGUGCGCCUUCGAUGUCAGCCCAUAUCCUGUUAUCAUCUCUCUGGAAGUCCACUGCGACGCCGAGCAACAAGCCAAGAUGGUAGAUAUUAUGACUUCUGUCUUUGGCGAUCGCCUGCUUCUUCACCCUCUGCCUGGUUUCACAACCAAAUUGCCCUCACCCGAACACCUCAAACACAAAUACCUGAUCAAGGUCAAAUCCACCGAGCUUCAUGCCGAUCUCGAGGCAUCACGCCGCACCACGUCUCUCAGCCGCACUCGCAGUGCAAGCUCACCCCACCGCAGCAUCCAGCCAUCCAGCUUGGCUCAUGCGUUGACGGCGGUAUCAAGCCCCGCCGUGAUCACGCCGCCUGAGACCCUCUAUUCCCCAACAGAUAGAUCUGUGACAGCGACGAGUGCAAGCAGCGCCGAUGAAGAGAGUGAUGUUGCGUUUACUUCUCCCUCGAACCAAGAAAACCAAAGGCCGCCUCCGAAAUUGAGCAAGGUCGGGCCUGUUCUGUCAGCUCUUGGAGUUUACAUGAAAGGGUACAGCCUUCGCGAAGGUCGAGAUCUGGCGUUUGAUCAGUACAACCACAUUUUCUCACUCAACGAGAACCGGGCCAUUGAGCUUUGCCAUUCUGCCGAAGACAAAGCCAUGUUCGAGGACCACAACCUCCGCUACAUGUGUCGAGUCUAUCCAAAAAAUCUUCGCUUUCAGUCCUCCAACUUCGAUCCCAAUACCUUCUGGAGACGAGGUGUUCAGAUGGUCGCUCUCAACUGGCAGACAUUUGAUGCACACAUGCAGAUGAACCAAGCCAUGUUUGCCGCUGGUACGGACGCAUAUGGUUACGUGCUCAAGCCUGAAUACCUCCGUAAGCCUCGAACCAAGUACGGAGACUUCGAGCAUCGUGUCAAACUGCCACGAUACAAAAUGAAGUUCUCAGUCCAGGUCGUCUCGGCUCAGCAACUUCCUCGGCCAGCCAACAUGAGCAAGGACACGCCAUUGAACCCCUUUAUCGAGGUGCAGAUGUUUAGUGCUGAGGACAGAGCUCGAGGCAUCGCAAACGGUACCGGUGGUAAGGAGACCUACUCUAAUGGCUACCAUGGCAUUGGAUCACCAUAUCGUCGACAGACACAAAUCUGUUUUGGAAAUGGCUUCAACCCCCAAUUUGGCGAUAGCAUUGAGCUGUCUCUGGAGACGAAGUAUCCGGAACUGGUCUUCGUCCGCUUCAUCGUCUACAACUCGGACGACGGCCGACACAACGGUAAGGGUGUCAAACAGCUCGCUGCCUUCACAGCGAAACUCGACAGCCUACAGAAAGGAUACAGACAUCUGCCCCUUUACAAUGGCCAUGGCGAAGAGUUCAUCUUCUCCACGUUGUUCUGCAAAAUUGUCAAGCAAGAAUCCAAGCUGAUGCCAUGGUCUCUGCAAGACGUCAACGGACGACCCUCGAGGACCAACGUGUUCCGAGGAAUCCUCUCGCGCGGCUUGUCCGGUGAUCGCGGCAGAGACCGAGCUUCGAGUGUUGAGGACCAACGAACAGCCCGGCAAGCGAGGCUGAACCGUGAGAUUGAAGAAAAGAUUGCCAAAGCAUGAGAUUGCUUGAUGCAUAAGCAUUAAUUGUAUCAACGGAAGGCGAGGGACAUUUGAUUUUCGAAAGAGAUACCCAAAAGCAGAUAUGACCGUGAUGACAUUGAUUAGAAUCAUCCCGUCUGGCAACGGACAUUAUUUCAUGUGCUAACACUGUUUGGUCAGAAGAGGUGGACUUGUCAUAACUACUGCGACUUUUUCUAUGUACUAUAUAUAAAUGGCAGGACUGUUUUCUUGG